ACGUUUUUGACAACUCGUUUGUGUACAAGAUAAUGGCGUCAACUGUUGCAGUGCCUGUCGCCCCCACAGUGUCGGACCCAGAGCGGUGUGAAGGCGAGGAAGAGUUACGGGGGAUCGAGGCUGAAGAAGAGAAUAACCAACUGACUGGGCCCGUUGCAGCACCCUCCCAGAACCGUCUAGCGAAGUUACCGCUGUCCCGUAUCAAGGCACUGAUGAAAGCGGACCCAGACGUGUCCCUCGCCAGUCAAGAGUCAGUGUUUAUCAUUGCUAAAGCCACAGAACUCUUUGUUGAAAUGAUUGCCAAAGAUGCCCUGGUGUAUGCCCAGCAAGGAAAGAGGAAAACUUUGCAGAGGAAAGAUUUAGACAAUGCAAUAGAGACCGUAGAUGAGUUUGCCUUUUUGGAAGGUAACGGGGUACAGAUGCAGAGAGAUGUUCAGUGCUGUAUGCAGUACUCCCAGGGGAAAGUGCGCACCAAAGACGUGCUGAGGUUUGAGGUACAGACGGAGGGGCCAGACUGCAGUAUAAAAGCCAUCAUACUGUACACCAAGAAGGCGGUGAAGUGUGCUGACCCCAGAGACCGAAAGGUCAAGAGGUUACUGAGGAAGCUGCUCCAGAGGCAGAGGACCAAAGCACAUAGGAUCAUGUGGCUCUACCCUCAUGGCAACCUGCCAGUCAUGUCGGAGGACAAGAAGGAUGGGUGGGAUGCCUUCCAUGUGGAAUGAGUGUGAGGUUGUUGUUACCACAGGAGAAUUAUUGUCAUAGGCCAAGUAAACUUCCAGCGGCUUGUCAUCCUAACUCAGCCAAGCUUUCUGACUCUCCAGUCGUCUCGUGUCACUAUCUGCCUGGGAGUGUGGUGGCUGAGCUGUCAUUGCCAUACAGUCCAUGAGAGGUUUUGAUAUAUAGAUAAAUGUAUUUUACACUGACUGUCGCUAACUAUGCCAAAGUAUUUGCUAAGUAUUUCUGAUUACUCUAUCCCAAGAAACCAGUCUUCACCGUCUAUGUAUACCUGUUAAAUUUCAUAGAGGGCUUGUUCUCGCCUGAAACACAAUGUAAUGUAGAAAAAUGCACUGUAUGUUUAAACACGACAUCUGAAGUGGAUCUUUUAUAAAUAAAUG